CAGUGUACGUCUAACUCCCACCAGUAUUAAUGUGUGUUGAAAUACAUGGAGCCUGACCAGACACCAAAACUAGGAACCAUUGAGGAAAUCAGAUGUGACAACAAAGGGAAGACAACUGAUGAAAGACUGCAUGAAGAUGGAAGUUAUCUUCACAAAAACGGUGAUGCGGGUGACGUAACGCAGACGAAUAACGAUGACGUAGACGGCAAGAAUCAGGAAGGAAAUGGCGGACAUCCGGUGGACAGUGACGUCAAACCUGACAAUAAAACAACCGGAGAUAAGGGCGUUUUACUGAAGGCGCUGGAUGGAGGAUACGGUUGGGUGAUUGUUGCAGCUUGUUUCUUUCAUCAUAUGGUGCUAGGUGGUUUUGCCAGAAGUGAGGGUCUUUUCUUCCUCCAGUAUCAGGAGAGGUUCAACUCUGGGGCACAACUGACGUCAUGGCCGAGUUCUUUGAUGUCCACCAUCAAUCUCUUUAUGGGACCACUGUGCGGGGCCCUGGUAAACCGCUACAGUGUGAGAACCACUCUGAUAUUUGCGACCUUCCUGACAUCACUGGGGUUCAUAUUGAACGGGCUGGCACCAAAUGUUUACUUUCUCUUCUUCUCGCAGACCAUUGUUGGGGGUAUCGGCAGAGGCCUCAUGUCCUCUGUCCUACUCCUCAAUUUGUACUUUGACAAACACAGAAGUCUGGCCCAGGGUCUAUCGUCUGCUGGGGUGGGGUUCGGGGCCUUCGCCAUAGUGCCCCUGGUUCAGAUACUCUUCGAAGAAUUUGGAUCUUUGGGAACGUUUAUGAUUAUCGGGGCCAUCUCAUUAAACGGAUGGGUUGUGGCCAUGCUCUUUAGGCCACUCAGCAUGCACUACAGAUUCCUGAGAGCAGAUAGAUUAAAGAAAAGAAGACUGGCGAGGAGUGAAGGGGUCCCUCUCACGAACAUCACCGAGUCACAAAACCCCGUCGAGGAUGGGGUCAACUGGGAUCAACUUGAUGAGCUGUACUUGAACCCCAAACAAGACGACGGGCCGGACAUCGUGUCCUUGCAGGAAGGCGUCGAACCGUUUGUCGUCAGCUGCGAGUCUCUAAACAUGGCGGUGUCGAUGCCAGACAUCCACUAUAAACCCAAGAAAGAGAACUGUCUGAAAGAGUCUCUGGCCAUCUGCUUCCCCGUGGAGCACAAGCGUCAGGGCGUGGCCACCAAGCAUGAAACCUUCCACUGGAGAUUGCUGAAGAACAUCCCGUUCCUCAUCUUCUGUAUUAGCAACACGUUCUUCCUGAUUGCUUUCAAGACAGCUUUCACCUUCUUGCCAGCCAUGGCGCUGUCUAAAGGCCUGAGCAAGCAACAGGCAGCCCUAGUGUUGACUAUCACUGGGGCUUUGGAUACUUUUGGACGAAUGGCUUUAGGUUUUAUAUUGGAUAUACGGGUAUGCCGGCCAUUCCGGCCGUACAUCUUCAAUCUCCUUCUCUUCCUCAUUGCCGGCGCAUCCUUCCUGGUGCCUUCUCUCAACUCGUUCGCCUCCUUCGUCGUGGUCAGCUCCGUCUACGGUACGCUGACCGGUGCUUUCAUCUCUCAGAAGAUGGUCGUCUUGGUGGACAUACUGGGCAGGGAGGUCAUGGCCAGCUCCCUGGGGAUAAACAAGGUCUUUCAGGGGGUGGGGACGCUGAUUGGACCUCCGUUUGCAGGGGCUCUCAGAGAUGCACUCGGCACCUUCGACAGUGCCUUCUAUCUUGGAGGAGCCUGUAUGUUGGGUUCUGGAGUUCUUCUGAUGUUCAGUAACAUUUUACUUGCCAUUCAGAAAAGAAGAAAAGCUAAGACACCAAACUAGAAUCUACACAAGGAAACGGGUUAUAUAUUUUAUAUUGAGUAACAUUUUACUUGCCAUUCAGAACAGAAGAAAAGCUAAGACACCAAACUAGAAUCUACACAGGGAAACGGGUUAUAUAUUUUAUAUUGAGUAACAUUUUACUUGACAUAAAGAAAAGAAGAGAGGCUAGGACAUCAAACUAGAAUCUACACAAGGAAACGGGUUAUAUAUUUUAUAGUGAGUAACAUUUUACUUGACAUAAAGAACAGAAGAAAAGCUAAGACACCAAACUAGAAUCUACACAGGGAAACGGGUUAUAUAUUUUAUAUUGAGUAACAUUUUGCUUGCCAUUCAGAACAGAAGAAAAGCUAAGACACCAAACUAGAAUCUACACAAGGAGACGGGUUAUAUAUUUUAUAUUGAGUAACAUUUUGCUUGCCAUUCAGAAAAGAAGAAAGGCUAAGAC